UUUCGUUCCAGUCCUUUCUCAAAAAAACCAGAAAAGAAAAUAGCUCAUUAUGAAAGUUUGGGCCAUUACUUUUAGCAUUGCGACGCUAGUGGGAGGUCUGGCCAACGCUGCCGAUGUUCAAUACAGUGUGGUAGCGUUUCCGAAGCAAUCCCAAGGCGUGGCUGUUUCCGUUGGCGGUCAGAACCAUCCAUUGUCAGCUGAUCAGAACGUGCCCAAUCUCUUCAAGGGCAAAGCCCCUUCAGGCGAUUCGUAUCAAUAUGUCAUUACCGAAGGCCAGCAGUCGACUGCCGAAUCUGUUCAACGUAAAUUGGCUCAGUCUGCCACUUCCACUGGUAACGAAUUCUUUAAUCGCUCCCAAACCGUCUUUGACGUGCCUUCACUUCCUCAGGCAUACAAUCCCGUUUAUACACCCCUUUACACCAAUAUGAACCGUUCCAAUGAAAUCGCCACAAUCGUAAUGAAGGCGGACGGCGCUGCUUUGGAAGCCAUUCUUAAGGAUCCCUUGGGAGGUGCCAAGGCUGCCGAGGUGUAUUCCAUGGCCUACAUCAGCAGUGAAGAAGUGCAUACCUUCAAGGGCGCUUCCAUCAAAAACAGCGGUCAAUCCACCAAGGAUUACGCCAAACAGUCGUACAAGAUCGAAUUCAAUAAAUUCAACAAUGCCACCAAGGGAAACAAGGAACACUUGUACGGUCGCUCUGUUGUCAAGCUUCGAUCUUUGCCCACAGAUCCUACCUUUGUGAGAGAGAAGUUGAUGCUCGACAUUUUGGGCGCCUCGGGUGCCGCUACAUUAUCAGGCAGCUGGGCUCGUUUAUACGUGAAUGACGAACCUUAUGGCUUGUUCUUGAUGAUCGAUGAUGCCUCUACUCGUUUCAUCAACGCCGCUCUCCACGGUGGCAAUAAUGAUUACCCUUAUACUGGUGCUACUUACAAGGGCAAUGCUCUCAGCGAUGACAAGGAAGCCAACCUCGUGUAUAAGGGCGAUGAUCCUACUGUUUAUCCCAAGGAUGUUUACAAGAUGGAAGAUACUGGUGAAACCGAGUAUAAGAAGAAGAACAACACGCUGACUCCUCUGAUCAAGUUCAUGAGCGACUUGCAACACGUGCAAAUUGCUCAGGAUGACAAGAACCAAGGCAACAUCUCCAAACUGCUGGACCCCGAUCACACCUUGAUCCAACUGGCUGUCAGUUUCCUCAGUGGUUCCUGGGAUGGUGUCUGGGCUCAGGCUAGCAACUACUAUUUGAACCAAGAUUUGAGUUCCCAGAAAUGGACUCUGAUCACUUACGAUUUCGAUGAAGCUCUUGGCAAUGGAGCUCCUGAAAACCUUUUCAAUGUGACUUAUCAAGAUUUCACUCCCCAGGGUGCCAAGCGUCCCAUGAUCGAGCCUUUCAUCAAGUCUCCCUACUACAGCAAGCAAUUUGAAGAAACCGUCAAGACCCUGGUCAAGCGUUUCUUCAAGCCUUCCGUCAUUGAACCUCGUUUGGAAGCUUGGCAUAAGAUGCUUCGUGAAGACAUUAUCUGGGAUCGUGCUCUUCCUGCCCGAUCUCCCGGUCAGCCUGUCAAUUGGACCGUAGACGAUUUUGACAAGAACUUGAAUACUACCGUCCAGGGUAACCUUGGCAUUGCCGAAUGGAUCCGAAAGCGUACCGAUAGUGUGAAGCAGCAAUUGAGUUUCACCGAAGAGGAUGAUCUCCCCGGCCUUCCAAAGUACACUGGCGGCCGCGUCAUGGACAAGGAUGGCAAUGUUCACAGCAUGAACAAGAACCAGAACCAGAACCAAGAUGGUGGUAACACCAACAACGGUAACAAUGGUGACAACACCAGCGGUGAAACCGGUGACAAGGCUAGCAAUGCUGGUGUUGCGGCGUUUACUCCUGUCUCCAUGGCGGUCGGUAUGACCGUUGCUGCUGGUCUCUGCGCCAUGCAAUGGGUCCUGUAAACAAGAACGGAUGCUGGAUUUCCUUCUAUUCUUUUAAUUUUCACCACUCUUUUUUUUUCAUCAUGAUAAUAUGUGAAUAAACCAUUGAUAUCAAAUCAUAAUUCAUCAUCUA